AUGCAUGCCCUGAAGUCGGUGACAGUCAUCGAACACGACGGUAGUCUAAGCCGUAACGACAUUUACUUUGGCGACAACCAUUCAUUCAAUGCAAAGAUUUGGGAAUCGGUAGCGGUCGCCUUCACAAACACUACCAUCAGCAUCCCAACAGCUGCCAAGGCGAGGGUCGCGCGCUUGCAAGCCGCCGCUGCUGCUAAUCCUGAGUUCAACCUGACGGCCGAUGGUACUCAAUUCAGCUUCAUUGAGACUGCUCUCUAUCUCUCUGUUUUCGGAAACCUAGAUGAUGGCAAUGCCAACACCGAAUGGGUGAAGGUCUUAUUCACGCAAGAACGUCUGCCAUUCCGGGAAGGGUUCUCAAGGGCAAGCUCGCCAAUCACUGCAGCAGGCAUCCUGGGCUUAGUCGCUAAAGUGGCGGCUGCAAGUGUCUGA